AUGCCUAACUUCUCCACUGGCCCUUCUGCGCCCGCUGCGACUUUCACUGCGAUCGACGAGAAAUUGACAACCAUCUCCGACGCAAAUCAACCGGCCGACUAUCUUAUACAGAAUAAUCUGACCGCCGAAUCCCUCCCGUACUGGCUCGUCAAUAUCCCCCGUUCACAAUGGCCAGCCGAAUGUCCUAGCUUUCUACGCGACCUGCCAGCCAAAUCGAUCGGGAUCUUAUCUACCCCGGAUGAACAAUCCAAGAGACUGUCUUGGGAUGUGGUGAAGGAGAUAAUCAAGACGAACCGAAUCGACCGUUUCGAACGUAUCCCUACCGAUCUGCGAAAGUAUCUCGAAUAUACAUCAUAUCUGAAGGCCCAGUAUGGAUCUGUGAUGCGGUUUGUGGUCAAGGAGAGACUGCGAUGGGGAGACGGGGACAUCAACGAUCUGAAGCCCAAGGGACGGCCGUUUGAAUUCGAUGAGGAUAUCAAAACUCUAUACAACGAUUGGCCGUACGCGGUCGAGACAGGCAUCAUUCACUUGGUGGUAUGGACCAAGUUCGACCUGGAAGAUGACCCUGCCACGGAUGACUUGACGCCUCGAGCGAGAAAGGAGAUUGAUGACUAUGUGAAGAAGACAUAUUGCUCACGGAUGCCCUCUGAUCAGGUCAUCUGGUUCAAGAACUGGAAGUCCCUCAAGUCCGUCCAUGCCGUUGAGCAUUUCCAUGUUAUGCUCCACAACCCUGACAUGGAAUUUGUGAAGGAGAUCACCCAAGGGGAUAUGCCAAUGAUCGAAAAGGUGUAG